CUGUAACUACUUCGUAUUAAUUAUUAACUAUUACAGUUUCAAAUUACCAAUUAUUAAUUGUUGAUUGUUGAUUGUUAAUUAUAAAUUAUAAAUUAUAAAUUUUUAUUUACAAGUAGUAAUAUUAAUUAUUAAGUAUUUACUUCGUAUUAUUAAUUAUGAAUUAUUAACUACUUCGUAUUAAUUAUUAACUAUUACAGUAACUAUUAAUUAUUAUUUAUUAAUUAUAUAUGGAGUAUUAAAUUAUUAAUUACGAAGUAUUUGGUAUAAUUUAAUUGGUACGGGCUGGCCCAAUAUAGCCAUAUAGGCUUAUGGAGCCCUUACUCUAUUUCCCGCGCAAAUAUCCGCCAGUUUUAAGCUGCCAUUUGCUCCAUUUUCUCCCCCAAUUUCCUGUGUUUUCGUCAGUUAUUCAAUUUCAACAAUUACCCACUUCUUCACCCUCAAUCCCAUCAUCUCUGCAACUAUUUCACAAAUUCGAAGACUAGAAUGGCUGAUUCGGGAGUUGAACCAAUCGAGAGUAGCUUGAAGAAGAGCAAGAUCGAUUCGACGCAAACCCUAACCCUAAAUCUCCCCGACCACAUCCUAAUUGAAGAAAUUCUGGCACGACUUCCGGUAAAAUCCCUAAUUCGCUUCAAAUCUGUUUGUAAGUAUUGGUUAUCAAUCAUUUCUUCCCGCAAAUUCGCAAAAUCCCAUCUGAAAUUUUCUGUAUUGCGCCUUCAAUUUCUAUUUCUUCCGUAUUGUCAUGAUUAUUGUGGGAAAGGGAAUGGAGGUAAUUUUCUCUCGUUACCCUACAAAGAAUCCUGUAGCGUGAAAGAUUUAGUUCGAUUAGGGUGUGGAUAUAUUGAAGAUUUUCCUGUAUUAGUGGGUUCUUGUCAUGGACUCAUAUGCGUGUGUGAUAAGGAAGAGUAUGCUGGUAAAUUUGGUCUGUGGAACCCUGCUACAGAAGAGCAUCGUGAGAUUACUAAUCCCGAUAAUAUUCCCGAUGUUAAAGCUUAUGGUUUUGGUUAUGUUUCCUCCAUUGAUGAUUAUAAGAUUGCAUCUACAUUUGCUACACGUAGUGGGAAGUUUCGGGGGUUUUACGUGUUUUCUGCACGUAAUGGUAAAUGGAAAAGAAUUGUUGGUAAAUUUGAUAGGCAUUACCAUCAACUUGCUAUCUCAUUGGACCGCGAAGCACUGUUUGUUGAUGGAACUCAUUACUGGCCUACUAAGCGUUUUAUUGGAUUUAACUUAGAUACUGAGAAAUUCGAAGAAUCCCCAUUGAGAGAUGAUUUACAUAGCUAUAAAGAUGUGAAAUUGUUCAAGUUUAAAGGGUGUUUGACAUUCCGUGGUCGUCACUGGAAGAGUACUCACAAUGUUUGGGACUUUUGGAUGCUGAAAAAACCUAAUGGCUCGAUUAGUUGGGAGAAAUUGUUCACAUUUGAUCUUACAAAUGUCUCCUUUUUUCGUUUCUCUGAGACAGACAAGUGUUUGGUGCGACAGUUUGAGCAGUUCAAGCUAAUUGACCCGUGUAAGGAAGCUUUGGAACUUGUCCGAGGAGAUUCCGAUUUUUCUAACAAGGCAGUAACAAUGGAAUACACUGAGAGUCUUGUUUCACCUUUUGUUAUAACGAAGGUGAAAAACUUUGAGACUGUUAAACAACCAAUCGUGGACAAUAAGCUUCUCCAAAAUAAACGAGUUCUUCCUGUGUCUCGGAUGAAGGACUCUUAUUAUGAAGACGAGGAUGACUAUGAUGAUGACUGUGAUGAUGAUGACUGUGAUGAUGAUGAUGAUGAUGAUGAUGGUGAUGUCGAUGAGAGUGAUUUCGAGGAGGAGGAGGAGGAGGAGGAGGAGGAGGAGGAUGACAAUGCUAGUGAAUUCGAGGAGGCGCAUGGCAAUGAGAGUGAUUCUGAGGACAAUGGCAAAGUCAAUACUUAUUGGGUAAGUUCCGAUGAUGAUGAUAAAGACAGCGAUUAUUUUAAGUAUGCGCUAUCCAAUGAUGAGGACGAAGAUGAUGAUGAGGAUGAAGACGAUGAAGAUGGAUUCUAGUAGCUAGAAAUCUAGAAUCUAGAAAGACUAAAGAACGUUUUUAUAUACAGAUUUUUCCUCCCCCCCACCUAUCUUGUGUUAUGAUUACUUUUGUUAAGAUGUGUUAUAUACUUAUAUUCAUUUGGGUAUGAGUCAUGUCCGGAUCAACUAAGUUUUAGAUUCGGGUCAAGUAUGGAUCGUGAAUCUCGGAUCCGGGUCAAGUUCGAAUAAGACGUACCUCGUAUUUUGGUCAAUUACGGAUUGAGUUUGUGGUUCAAGUGAUCGAGUUAAGUUUGUAUUCGGGUGUUCUAUAAUCGAGUGACUCUCGAGUUCGCGAUGAAAUUCAGAUAACUAGCUUUAUUAUUUUAA